AUGGCUAGAUAUGAACAAACUUUGAGCCAUGACAAGGAAAAGCUAUGCAAGUGGAAGGUUGCUCUGAAGAAAGCUUCCAAUCUAUCUGGAUGGCAUUUAGCCCAAGAUAUUCUAGAGCAAACCAUGGAUAUCCUUUUUAAAAUACAUGUUGAAAUUUAUUUAGAUGCAUAUUUUCAAAAGGAUAUGGAUGAAUCUCGACUAAUCAAAACAAUUGUUGAAUCCGCGUUGAGAAAAUUGAAUCGUACACCUCUACAUGUUGCCAAAUACCCAGUAGGGAUUGAAGAUCGUUUACAUGAAUUGAGUCCAAUAAUAGAUGUCGGAAAGAACGAUGUGAGAAUCAUAGGGAUCUAUGGAAUUGGUGGUAUAGGAAAGACCACCAUUGCUAAAGCUAUUUUCAACAAAUUUGUAGAUGACUUUGAAUGUUCCAGCUUCCUUGCAGAUGUUAAAGACACAUCAAAGCAGCAUCUUGGUCUUGCUCAUUUACAAGAAAUGCUUCUGUUUGACAUAUUGGGAAACAAAAAUUUGAAGGUCGGAAAUGUUCACAGAGGAGUGAACAUCAUAAAGGAAAGACUUUGCCACAAAAAAGUUCUUCUAGUUCUUGAUGAUGUUGAUGAAUUAGAUCAAAUGGAGAAAUUAGCAGGACGGCUUGAGUGGUUUGGCUCAGGAAGUAGAAUCAUAAUAACUACCAGAAACAAGCAUAUUCUGACCUCUCAUGGAGCUAAUGAAAUAUAUGAGGUCCAAAGGUUGGAUUAUCACAAAGCUAUUGAACUUUUAAGUUGGAAUGCUUUUAAGAGAAAACUACCCGUAGAAGAUUACCUUUUGCUCUCAAAUUGUGUUGUAGAUUUUGCAGGUGGAAUUCCAUUAGAUAUAGAAAUAUUGGGUACCUUCCUAUGCGGUAGGAAAAAACAUCAAUGGCAAAUAGUGAUACGUAAUUUGGAAAAGAAACCCAACAAGAAAUUAUAUGAAAUACUUCACCAUGCUUUCCAAAACGAUGACGAGUGUUCAAUUUUCCUUGAUACCGCACGCUUGAUUGUCUUGUCCUUGCUCAAGUUGUCCGCUGUUCUUCUCCAUUCAUGGUUUAUAUGGCUAACAGGAGUACAAAAAUUGAAGAACAUAGAACAUGUUAUGUGA